AUCCAAGGGAAAAGUCAUUUGAUAAUCGAUUCAAACUUGUCCGGAAACACUAGUCGGAAAAACACGUAUUCUCUUUAAUUCAUAAUGGCCAGCGAUAUUAGGAAUCUUAUCGACUACACAAGAUAUCCAAUUGCUGAGUCUGGGAGUCCCAUUCUCCAAGAAGUCAUCAACCGUGCAAGGAGCGAACUGAAGGACAACGGAAUCACCUUGUUGCGUGGUUUUAUGCUUCCUUCGGCUAUUCGUCAAACAAUCCUAGACACGGAGGAAGCCUUACCGAUUGCGUUUCGUGGAACAGUUGACCACAGUGUCUAUCUUGAGGAAUGCAAGGGAGAUUCUGUCCACGAGAAAGAUCACGCGAGGAACAUUUUGUGUCGAUCUUCAAAAUGUUGCGUUACGCACGACCAAAUCAAGACAAACUCGCCGCUGAAUCAGCUUUAUAUGUCACCGGAGAUGACAGAGUUCGUUAGAAUUCUUCUUCACAGGGACGUGCUCUACCGAACGGCUGAUCCCCUUGGAGCCUUAAAUGUGCACGUUUACAGAGAAAAUGAUCAGCUGGAUUGGCAUUUUGACCGGGGGCAGUUCGCUGUGACACUCCUCCUUCAAGCACCAGCGGGUGGGGGAUGUUUUCAAUACAUUCCAUCAACAAGGUAAGUUUUUCCUAUCUCUUCACCUCUUCUUUUCCUAUUUCUUCUUUACAACUGUCCGACCUCACCCUCCUCUUCUUUAGUAACCUUGAAAUAUCAACCCAAGGGGAGAGGGGAGAAGGUAAUAAUUUGAGAUUUCACUCACUUGGGGAGUGAAAAAAUACUUGAGGAGAAUCUGCUGCCUCUGCCAUGACAUCUGCCAAGGGUUAAAAAUUCUGAUCAUCUUGGAUAAAGAUGAUAAACUGUAGGCCCUGUUUCCUGUAUCUCCUCUGUACUGGUUAACAGGGGACAUGAAAGAAUCCAUGUGCUUCUCACAAAUGGUAGGGAAUGUAACCUCUGAUGUUGUGUUUUGGUCUUGAUUCCAAAAUUGGGGCUAUCUGAUUAAAGUCCCCCAGCAGGUGUUGUGAAUUAACUCAGAAUACCCUCCAAGGAGGAGAGGUAACAAAAACAAAAAAAACUUCUUUACUUUUGAGUAGACUGAGCUCCCUGACAGUAUGUGGUUGAAAAAAAAAUUACAUAAAAAUACAGGCCUGUCUUGUUGUUAAGUUUCAAAUGACUAGUAGAUUUCUUCUAAAACAAUUGGAUUAUUUACCCUCCAUUUCUGUACAUAGUAGUUGAUUGGGACUUUGUUUGCACUUAUCAGCUAUCACAUGAUAGAAAUUUCAAGCUCAUAACUGAUUUGAACUAAAUGAGAUGUACUUCUUAACUCUACCACUCCCAGAAGUGAUUAACCCUUUAACUCUUGUGCGGGACUGAUAUAGAAUUUCUCUUUAAAAUAUCUUUACAAUAUCAACCCGAUAAGUGAUGAGAAUAAAGAAAAGAUCAAUUUGGGGAAAUUAGUUGAUCCAGUACCAAAUUCUCUGAACUAACAUUAUAAGAAUUGUAUGGUUGACAGUAAGGAGAAUUACAAAUUUGAUCUGAGAGCUAAAAGGUUAACAGGUAACUUCUCUCUCUAAUAUCCAUACUUAAACCAGUUAACAGAUAACGAGAAUACUCAAACUAAUUAGGUAGAAGUUGUUAUCCUGAUCUCUCACCAAAUUCUCAUAACUAAUUUCAAAGCAGUGUUUGGCAGCUAGAGGAGAGAAUUAAUAAUCUGAUCCUAGGAUUGAAAAUAUCAGCUCAUCCUUUGGCCAGGAAGUAUGUUAAUCAAAUGAGCUGACAGAGAAAACAAACAAACAAACAAACACAGCUCAUCCUUCUUCAACUUCAAAUGAUUAAUGAAAUUCAAACUAUUACUCUGUUAAAAAUAGAUCUGAUGGAAGUGAAAGCCAUGACCUAGUCAGGGAAGUGCUAUUGGCAACUAAGGCUGGACAAGAUCUGACAGCUCUAGGGGUGAAAGAUGCUGACCUGCAGCCAGGAACACUAGUGAUAUUUUGUGGGCAAAACUCAAUGCAUCGUGUUUCCCCAGUUGAGGGCAAAAAGUUCAGAAUCCUUGCUGUUUUAUCCUAUGAGCAGAAAGCUGAUGUCCACUUGAAUGAAUACACACGAAUGAAAUUUUUUGGGCGCUUGAAAUAACUUAAGUCACAUCUGUAAAUGAUAUUUUUAACUUUACUGAUCUUUAGAAUGUGGUUUACCGUUGAACUAAAUUCGAAAAGAUUUUUGUUUUUUUGUUUUUGAUUUUUUUGUUUUGUUUGUUUGUUUUGUUUUUUUUUUAAUGUUUCAACUUAUGGACAUUGUUAGUAACUGAUUGUCUUUUUUUUUUUUUUUUUUAUAAUCCAGGACUUUUUUCAACACCCAAUUGAAAAUUUUUCUGAGGACCAGUUUUAAUAUAGGUGUGUAUAAAAGUAGUAAUUCCGCGCCAUCGUUCACCAGGGAAAUUACAAUUUCUCUUAAAAUUGUAGAACGGAAGAGGAUUUUAUAGUUGCUAGGGAUGCUUUAGUAAAACUGGUUUUUUCAUAAGUAUCAGGCAUCAUGGAUAACACAGUGGCAGCUUGCAGACAGACCCUCAAAAUAAAAAUAUAGGAUUAUUGGAGGACAAAAAGAAUGACAAGAUGGGCGAAAACACUGGGAACUAAUGGCUGGGGGGCCACACCCAGUCACUAUAUAUCAUUGGUAAGCACAAUGUGGUUUGAUGAGUCAAAGGUGUGGUUACCCCGGAGAAGCGUCGGGGAGAGUGCGCUUGUGAUUUCGUCUGCAUGGUGUAAGAAAUAUAGAACCGUCUAUCCCGCCCUUUUGACCGCCACUUACCUCAACACUGCGCUUCGUGAGUCCACAACAUUUUGAUGGCGAAUAUCGUUGUUGAUGAGAGUACAGACCACGUUUAACCACUUUCGAUUUUGUUGUCGUUGUCGUUUUUGUUUUUUGUUGUUGUUUUGUUUUAUUUUUUUUUUGUACCACAAUAUCGAGGUCAAACACUGAAACGAUUCUUUCAAUGAUAAAGGCAUUGUGUGACACGUUGACAUGAGUACCGUUGUUUGUACUCCUCUCGACAAGGGCCAAUCAGAUUAUGCAUGGCGAGAAGUCAUAUAAGGAUAGGUUAUAACCGAGGUUCCAGCACCUAUCGUUGAUUAUAUUGGCCCAAAUUGUUAUGUCAAAAUAAAUUUCGAUUAUUUUAAUAUCUGACAUGGUUUGAUGCUACUCUGGUUUAAAGAUUAAAUGAAUGUAACACCGAGAAGUUACAAUUCAUAGGCCCAACGUUUCGACACUCCUGUCUAGUGCCUUCAUCAGUAAGACUCAAAGGAAAGUUUAAAAAAAUUUUGCUUGAUUCGAAAAAAGCUUGUAAGAUUAGCUACUAUACGUACAAAAUGUUAUACAAUAGUUACGGCUUAUGUCCACGUUUUUAUGGCUUACCUAAAAUCCAUAAACCGGGAAUUAAUAAUAACUUUUAUUUGUUACCUUUGGCGAUAAGAAUUACGGUAAUAUUACAAUAAAAAUUCAAAGCACU